AUGCAGUCGACAAACGUAAAGUCCGAAGCCCUCGGGCGGAAAGCCAAGCUCGCCCAGUCGUACCAAGAGCUCCUCGACGAAUUUUCCGACAAGGAACUCAAAUCGGUUGGCAACUAUACCCUGGGUCGUCUGAUAGGCAAAGGAUCGUUUGGCAAGGUCUAUCUGGCCACCCACAAGCUUACCAAUGGCUCAAAGGUCGUCCUCAAGUCGGCCAACAAGGACGACUCGAACCUCGCUCGAGAGAUUCACCACCACCGCCAGUUUGUCCACCCCCACAUCGCUCGCCUGUACGAGGUCAUAGUGACCGAGACCUUGGUCUGGCUGGUCUUGGAGUACUGUCCAGGUGACGAACUUUACAACUACCUCCUCAAGCAUGGCAAGCUGCCCGUCGAGAAAGUUCAGAAGAUCUUCACACAGCUGGUCGGCGCUGUGUCCUACGUCCACCGGCAAUCCUGCGUUCACCGCGAUCUGAAGCUCGAAAACAUCCUGCUCGACAAGCACGAGAACGUCAAGUUGUGCGACUUUGGCUUCACGCGGGAGUACGAGGGCAAGGCCAACUACCUACAAACUUUCUGCGGCACGAUAUGCUACUCGGCACCAGAGAUGCUCAAAGGGGAGAAGUAUGCUGGCGAGAAGGUGGAUGUAUGGAGCUUAGGCGUCAUCCUCUACGCGCUGCUCUGCGGCGAGCUGCCCUUCGACGACGAUGACGAUAACGUCACGAGAGAUAAGAUCCUCAACCAUGAACCCCACUACCCGGACCACAUCCCCCCAGACGCCCUUUCCCUCCUGAAGAGCCUGCUCUCGAAGCGUCCCCUGCUCCGCCCGACUCUCCCCGAAAUCCUGGCCCAUCCGUUUCUCGCCGAGUACGCGCCCCAGCAGCAGGAGAUCCUCAAGCUCGAGCGCCCAGAACCGUUCUCAACGCCCCUGGAGAAGGAAACCCUACACAGGAUGCGGAGCGCCGGGGUAGAUACCGAUUCGGUCAUUGAGAGCGUGUUGGCGCAGAAGUGCAAUGUUUUGGCAGGCUGGUGGACGCUUCUGAUCGAGAAGGAGGAGCGAAAGCAAAGACGGAGGGAGCGGAAACGCAAGGAGAGAGAGAUGGAGAACAGGUCGUCGAGGCGCUUCUCUCAGGCCUCUAGCCGGUUGAAUGCCUUGGCCACUGUCGAGGAAUCGUUCGUCAAGCUCUCCGACCCGCCGGCACCGAGGCCGCGAGGUAGGAGUGAGCGGCGGAGCGGCCACUAUCCCAGUCUGGUCAUACCGGAUAUGCCCGAUCUUUCCGAUCUGGCCAAGGUCGCGAACGGCAAUCUGAGCCCCGACAGCGAAGCACCACCUCCGCCUGUCGACAAGGACUCGAUCCGGUCCGUCAGCUCUUCGAGGCACCCCAAGCCGCUGCCCCCGCCAAAGGAGGGAUUGCUGCGGAGCGCCCGUUCCCGUGGCUCAACGCUCCAUCUGAUGACCACGGGCGACGUGAUAGACGCCAAUGGCGCCUCGCACGCCGACGACCCGAAGAAGGUCAAGAAGCGGCCAUCACACGCAAUCAUUGCCACCUGGAAGAACUGGACGCACUGGCUGUAUGAGAACACGAGGCGACACAAGGGAGCGCAUAAGAGGGGCAGCCAGUCGACGCCGAACCUAGCCGGCAAGUCGGGGAGCGGAAAGGAGGGGAAAAUGAAGGAAGAUAGCCCGCGGCCGCAAACGAGCAAGUACCCGGCGAGCGGUUCCGCAUCUAGCCCCCAGACGGUCAGCCUACCGAAGGGUGUCGUGGCCAACGGCUACGCCGCCAAGGGCGCAUCGUCCACCGCGGGCGCCUCCUCUUCGCGCGCCGCGGCCCCGUCCGGACUCACCACUCCGCCGAUCCCCGGCCACAACCCGCGCCUGCAAACCUCGGGCUCCUCCUACAAGCGCCACUCCCUCUCCCCUUCGCCGAUAACCCCGCGCUCGACAGUCCGCCGUUUGUCCGGCCCGACCGGCCUCCGUGGCCGCAAAUCCACCUCGUCCUCUGUCUCUUCCGUCCGUUCCCUGCACCACACCCACCACCACUCCCAUAGCAAGGCCUCGUCCACCUCUUCCAACGGCUCGGUAUCAACCUCGGUCUCCAAGACCCCGAUGCAGACCACCCGCUCUCCGCACCACUCGGUCAAAGUCCUCCCCGCCACCCCAACCGCGGGUGGCUUCCCCGGGUUUCCCAGUAACAUCCGACUCGUCCGCGACCGCUCUGGUCCGCCGCUAAGCAUAUUUAACGAGAGCCUCCCCGGCUCUAGGUCUGCCAUGGCGGGCGAGAGUCCAGCACCGGGGAGCCCCAACCCUUUCGCCAGCGGUGGUGCGGGUGGAAUUGGAGGAGUGAUGUUUGCCAAGCGGAAGAGGAACCUGUUCAAGGGGCCUAUGCUCAGUCUGUCAGGACAUCAUCACCACCACAACGGAAGAGAGAGUGGAAAAGGCGGGGUUGCCGGCCGAAAUGGUUCGGGUGGGAGCGGAACGGGGUCACAUUCGAGAAAUGCGAGCGCUAGUGGGCUGGGCAGGAGGAGCGGGGAGAUCACGAUCGAAGAAGUCGACGAAGACGAAGAGGAAGAGGAGGGAGGGAGAUUUGUGAUGGGGGGCGGGGCGGUCCGGCCGCAUGAGGAGUUUGGUGCGAUGGGAGGGGCCAUGGAGCUCGGUGGGGCUGAGGUUGAGGUUGAAGAGGUCGAUUCGUUCGCUCCGAUCGUAAAGCGGCCGGGAGAGGUCGUCGAGGAGAAGAUCUAUGAAGAGGGGGAAGUGGAGGGGGAGGGUGGAGGGCAGGGCGUCGUCGGGCUGCAGCCCGCCGCGACUAUCAAGUCGGCUAGCGAGGCGGGCAUAUGA